AUGCUGGAACGGGCAACGGGCUGCCUCGAACACGCAGGACGGCGCGUCCUUCGGAACUCCCAUGGCGCAGUUCGAAGCAACGCUUCGCUGUGUGAUCGUACUCGGAAGGAUAAUGGUGCUGGAGUGGAUGCGCCUCACUGGCUUCUAGCGCUCUUACAGGUGCCAAGUCGACAAUCUUCCUCAAUCUCGAGUUUCCGUUGCGGCAAAGUUGGAACAGCCAAUAAGGGUACAAGACCCCUGGAAUUUCUAUAUCCUCGAGAGCCCCAACGCUUGGUAGCAUCGCGGUUAUCUCAGCCCCAAAGGAGGCCUGGAGUCCGGAGGAAAAGAUCACUUGUGGGCUUAUCGAGGUCGUAUGUCUCCGUCUCGAGCCUUCGGCAAGCUGUCUCCGGGAUCUCUCCAAGUCACGAGCAUGUUGACCAAGGAGCUGAGAUGCUGGGGGCCAAAGACCUAGGAACCGAAGAACAUGAGACUAAAGAGACCAAAGAUCCCGAAACCAUUGAACGAGAGCGAAAGCUUCAAGCCGAACUUCAUGAUUUUCUGCUCAAGGAUGGCCACCAAUUCGAUAAAGCUUGGAUCAAAUUCGUUGCAGCUGGUCGCCCAUCGAACCUCAUUGCACCGCUUUGCGGAUACAUGAGCAAAUCGAAAAGUUUCAAGUACAAACGAAAGACAUGGAACCUGUUUCAGCAAAUCCCCUCUGAAAAGCGCACGCGAUACGACUUUCACAAUAUGUUACGUUCAGAUCUCCAUCUUGCGCAUGUUGACAGACCUCAACAUCUAGACUACAUCUGCGCCCAAGCUCUGCCGACGCCAUUCGCACGGGAGAUCAUUUCUUUGGUUGUGAAAUACUACGUGGAACAUAGAGAAUGGGCGCAGGUAACAUCACUCUGGUCUACGUUAAAAGCAAUACCUAUUGAGGAACGUGGAUCGCUGUGUUACGAUGUGCUAGAGCAUAUCAACCGGGUCAACUUCCCAGGUUUUUCUUUUGCCAGACAUCUCCUUGAUCUUGCGCCGUAUGCCAAGAGUCAUAUGGAUGAUGAGGCAACCCACCAUUUCACCAAUCGUCUCCUUCAGCGCUUUGCCGAGUCUGCCGACUUCCUCAAACUCACACCACCCUCGACUACACUUGCGGUGCUAAGGGCUUAUGGCUCCACGGGGCUUUUGCACUACCGUGCAUACUUCAAAUUGAUUAACCAUCAUGCCUUUGGCAACCGCGAAGAGUUCAUCAGAGCAAUCCUUUUUUAUCGGCAGUUUCGUUCUGAUAUGCCGGACGUCAAGCCACCAAGGUUAAUGUGGAAUCAAAUGAUAGAACGCCUGGAGGAACUACGGAUACCGGAGGCUGUUGACUAUUUUCUGGAUGAAAUCGUUUACUGGACUAGUCAGCCACCCAGCAUCUAUGUCCUCGUGCGCGCUAUCAUCACUUUUGCCAUGGCUAAUGAUGCGAAAAAUGUGCACCGCAUUUUCAAUGUCUUGAUUGAACAGCAUGGCCUUCCCAGGAGCCGGAAAAUCAUCAGCCCAGUCCUAAUGGUUCAUGCAAGGCUAGGGGACGUGCCUGAGACACUGCGACAGUUCAAACGAAUUGAGGCGGAAUUUAAUCUCUAUCCCAACACUUCCUGCUGGAACAUGCUCAUAUUGGCUCAUGCAAAUGCUGGAGAUGUGAACGGUGCCCUUGCUACUUUCACCCAAUUGCUAGAAAGCGGCGAACCUCCCGAUGCCUACUCAUUUGGCCCAUUGAUGACACUCUUUUCAAAGCGAGGAGAUGUCACAAAUGUCCGUCGAUUGAUCAAGGAGGCGCAAUUGAGAGGAAUCAAAAUGACAACACCAUUGCUCGCUACGGCUGUUCGGGCCUACUGUGCUAACGGGCAGCUGGCAUUUGCCGAAGAGCUUACGGAGGCCAGCCGAGAUUUAGCCCAGGGCUCUCCUUUGCAAAUGUGGAAUGUUCUCCUCAUGCACUAUGCGCGCAGAAUAUCUAAGAAUUCCUUCCGUCGCAUUCUAGAUCGGGUCGGCAAGCUUAGAUUAACGCCGGAUGCCUUCACACAUGCAGCUAUCAUGCUUGCUUACUCUUUGAGUAAUCAGCCCGAUUUCGCACGCAGAUCUCUCCGAACCAUGGACCGGUCGGGCCUACGGGCCACGCAGCAUCAUUACUCUAUCCUUUUACUUGGGUAUCUGAGGCGGCGGAACCGCGAUAUGGUGCACGUCAUCUUUCGUGAAAUGGAAGCCCGCUUCGGUCAGCCCGGCUUGAGUGCGAGUUUGUUGAACCUCCAGAUGCAGAUCAAGCGAGACUUGGAGAAUAUACACGAUAAGCACACACCUGCUGAAGAUAUGGUAUUGGAACAUGCAGAGAAAACACUCGCAAAAUCAGUCGAACAUUUUGCUGCCAAUCCUUCAGCCGCCACGCAUGCAUCACCUAUGACUGAUAAGGGCUCCACGAUAGACCUCUCAACAACUAUGCAUUAUCAACAUCUGGUCACAAAUUACGCUGCACAGGGUGCGACUGAAAAGGCCUUCGACAUGCUCGACCAAUACAUAGCCCACAGGCAGCUUGCUGGAAUCCCGGGGAAUGAUUUGGAAUCCUUGCCGCUUGGGUUUGUCAAAGCCAUCAUGAUCCUCUAUCAAAAAACAUCUCAGUUCGAAAAAGUGGAGGACUGCUGGCAUGUUUUGAUGGACAAAGUGAAACCUCUCGCCGGUAGCAUGAACCUCGACGGAGUCUUUUCUGAAACAGCCUCGAAUCCAUCCCCACCUGCGCCGGUUGACUCAGAACCAGAAACAGAGGGCAGGAUUCUCUCCUCUCGUCGUUUCAUAUUGGACCACCCCUUCACGCUUUUCAUCCGAUCACUGGCUUGUCUAGGGGAGUUUGACAGGAUACACGAGGAGGUAAUCAAGUUUGAGCAGGCAGGCUUUGCGCUCAGUGGCAUGAACUGGUCGAGCUAUGUGGCUGCCCUUGCAUCCUCGGACAACACCAAGGAUAUCGUGGCAGCUUUCCAACUGUUCGAGGAAAAGUUCAUACCUCAUUUCCCCGGGUGGACAUGGAUGAAACAAGGAUACGGGAUCAGACCGCUUCAUUGCCCUGUGACCAUUCACCAUCUCGAUGGAAAGUUCGGCAUGAACAAGCCCCGCAGGAUGAUGGGUCGACAUGCUAUCAAUCACUGGCGAAGGCUUGAUCCCGGCUACAUGCACCCUGACUACCCAACCAUGGUUCUGCUCGCGGCUGCCGUGAAACGUCUACGGGAGGCAAGUAUCGAGGAAGGCCCCGGGCGAAUGGCGCUUGUUCAUUCGAGUGCAACAAAAACUUUUGAGGUGAUCGCAGCGAUGCCAUACCUGCCCGACAAAUACCAGGGUGCAUUGCUUCGUGAGAGAGCAACAUUCCCGGAUCCAAUUUCCCUCCCAGUCAAGAUCUUCACUACGCGGUCCGGUGCUCUUGGCAUCGAGCGUGGCCCAAGGACACGCACCUACGAGAAGGCAACUAAUGAACCUCUCGAUCUUGAAAUUCACACCAAACCCAACCCCGUUGACGAACAGAACGUCACCCGAUUACUCUCUGAUGAAGAGCGUGAAAAGCUUGGCUCUCUGGCAACCGUCAUUCCUCGCGAAGAUCGCAUGGCUCUCGAGCAACAAUUCUUUGAGUAUAAUGAGCUCACAGCUCUCUGGAAGAAGCAAAGUGCGCACCAAAUGAGGAUCAUCGAACGUGCGAAACGCAACAACAAGGGCCUAAUGUACGGUGUGCCAGUCGAAUUCGUCAUCAACAAGCAUAAGCCAAAGAAGCUGGCUUUGGAGCAGCAGUUGUUCAACAAGUACCAACGCAAGUGGAGAUACAAGAAGCCAACAUACCUGCUAUUCAAGCCGGUUUCGGGUCUCCGGGAGGAGCGCAGCUACCGUCCCUACUCCAAGGUAGGACUGUCACGGCGAGGCAUUGGACGCAAGAGAACGAAGAGACGAGAGUUCCCAACCACGAGACGCGAGAAAGCAUCUAGCAUCGAUCAGGCUAGAGUUGCCCGAGCUAAAGCAGCUUACAGAGUCGCAAAGGCUGCCCGAGCCGCAGAGGCUGCUGCGAUGGUGGCUAACUCGCAAGUGUGA